CGGGGCGGCGGAAGUGACGCGCGGCGGCGGCGGCGGGUGGGGCGCUCGUCGGUGCGCGCGGCUCCCUCGCUCCCCAGUCACGGCUCCCGCUCGGCCCCCCCGCUCCGCCAUGUCGGCGCCCGGCAGCGGCGGCGAGUUCGGCAACCCGCUGCGCAAGUUCAAGCUCGUCUUCCUGGGCGAGCAGAGCGUGGGGAAAACCUCGCUCAUCACCAGGUUUAUGUAUGACAGUUUCGACAAUACUUACCAGGCAACCAUUGGAAUUGAUUUCCUGUCAAAAACCAUGUAUCUUGAAGAUCGCACGGUUCGGCUGCAGCUUUGGGACACAGCAGGCCAGGAGCGGUUCCGCAGUCUCAUUCCCAGCUACAUCCGCGACUCCACCAUUGCUGUGGUAGUCUAUGACAUUACAAAUUUGAAUUCUUUCCAGCAAACCUCCAAGUGGAUUGAUGAUGUUCGAACAGAGAGAGGAAGCGAUGUCAUCAUCAUGCUGGUGGGGAAUAAGACUGAUCUGGCAGACAAGAGGCAAAUCACUACAGAAGAAGGUGAACAAAGAGCCAAAGAGCUGAAUGUGAUGUUUAUUGAGACCAGUGCGAAGACUGGAUACAAUGUGAAACAGCUUUUCCGUCGUGUGGCUGCUGCCUUACCUGGCAUGGACAGCACACCAGAGAAGAGCAAAGAAGACAUGAUUGACAUCAAACUAGAGAAACCUCCUGAGCAGCCAGUAACGGAGAGCGGCUGCUCCUGCUAACAGCCCGUUGUGUAGCAGCACAUUCCCCACCCGGCCAGUCUCACGGAAGAACAUCACUGCUCAUUGCCUAGGCAAACCUACUUCGUGGGCUGAAAACAACCUACUAAGCGAGUGAACUCCCUCUUUACUGGUGGGGAGCAGCCCCGGCCGCCCUUCUUACUGCAUGGUAUGAGCCCCGAGUGCAGAAUGAGUGUCCUGUCUUUCAGUUUUAUUUUUUAUGUUGUUGCACUUUGGCACUGUAGUGCCCUUUACACACACUCACUCUAUUUCUCUCUCCACUUUGAGUCUCUCUGCUCAGAUAGAUCUCUUUUUUGUGAAUGCAAUGAAAAAGCCACCAAGUAAGGGAAAACAAAAGCAAAUUUUGGGGGUGGGCUUUCCCCCUUCCUCUUAACUCCUUCCCCGUCCACUCCAGCAGUCUCAUUCUGCCCUACAUUCCUACUUCCUCUUUUUAACGGCUACUCCUUUUACCUCGUCACGGUCUGACUUGGCCUCGCCUUUUCUUUGGCGGCGCAGGUGAUCUGUUCCUAGGCUUUGCUUCCUGCAGGGCACACACGGCAGUAGUCGCCGCUCAGUUUCUCCUCCCUGCGGAUGGCCUUGGCUAACUCGUGCUCACCUUUGAAGGUUUGCCCUAYGCUCAGCCCCUCAUGUGACACAAAACACUAGAAGCUCCCCCAUCUCCCCUGGCUUGGGCCUGGUUGCUCCCAUUCCUGUGGCAGACACAUCCCRCAGAUCGCUCCCUUCACCUGGAAUUUCUUCCCAUCUUCCUGAGGAUGUUGGUGCAUUGGCUGCGUGGUGGGAGGAAAGGGUGCAGAGGCAGUGUGAGGUUGAGUGGGAAGAGAUCCAUAGGGCAGUCCUGUCUGUUGGCAGCAAACAGCCCCCUGGAAAUCCUCGCUACAGCGGCAGUAUCUGCCCUGGGCAUCACUGGUGCUGUUGGGGCUCCCGUCCUGUCUUCUGUUGCUCCUCCCGGAGGCUGGGAGCUUCUUGAGCUGCCGCAGAUGGAGYGUUGGUGAGGGCCGGCUGCUUCCUCAUCCAGGUGGCUGCUCAGUGAGAUCCUGCCCUGCAUCCAGCUCCUSGCCCCUCCUAGCAGGCCGUGGGGCAGGGGAGGGGGUGUAGCAGCCGUUUCACUGCUGAAAACCUGUCAGAGCUGAAAUGAGGAGUAGUGUGGAUGCAUUGCCAGACCUGGCGGUAGAGGAAUGUGCUCUGCUGACGGGGUUGUGGAGUCAUUUCUCAACCUCCAGCUUUCAGGAAUAUUUUCAUUUGCCCCCUGCUCUGUACCCCUAGUUUCCAGCUACUUUAAUAGAGCUCUUCAGGACCCGUAGU